GUUUUUUUUAGCUUAUAAAAUAACCAACUUACUCAUCGCUAAUCGCUCCCAUUAUCGAUUUUCUUCUUCUUCUUCAAGAUUCAAAGAUUCUUUGGUAAUUUUGGAUAUUCGCAAGUUCGGGAUUUUGGGUUCUUAAAGCAAUCUCAAACUUUCGCUGGUUGGCUUUCUAAAUAAGAUGCACUUCCGGUCAUCAUCAUACCAUAAUGCAGAUAUUAGCUUGCUUUUUACAUCUGAAUGGACUGCAAGACGUUUAUCCAGUUGGUUGAGGAAAAAAAGAAGCGUGUUUUGGCCAAAAAGGAAGCACCUUUGAAAUGGCAGCAGAAACUUGAAGCUGCCAUCGAAGCCAAUGAAAGGAAGUCAAAGACUACGAAGCAUAAGAGAAGAUCUGUCUCGGCAUCUGAUAGUGACAGCGGAAGUGAAAGCAGCCAGGAGGUUAAAAAGUCAAGAAGGAAGAGUCACAAGAAGCAUAGGAAGCAUGACAAGGAAAAGAAAGAGAAGAGAUCGAAACGCAAACCAAAGAAGAGAUCUUCGAGUUCAGGUGAUGACAGUGACAGCUCAUACGAAAGUGAAUUGGAAGAACGUAGGAGAAGACGCAAACCAAAGAGGAAAUAUUCAAGUUUAGGUGAUGAUAGUGACAGUUAUGAAAGUGAAUCGGAGGAUCGCAAGAGAAAAUGUGGUCAUAAGAAGCAUAAGCAUCAUCACUCGAGCUCGGGUUCUGAUCACUCGGGUUCUUCCAGUGAUGAGGAUCAAUUGCUAGAAAAGCGUAGGAGACACACAAAGCAUUCAGAUUCAUCUAGUGAGGAAAGUGAUGGUGGAACAAGGAAACGAAGACAUUCAAGGCACCAUCGCCAUCAUCAUAAACAUCAUAGACAUAUUGAUUCAAGUGAUUCAGAGGGUGUUAAAAGACAUCACAUUAAGCACCGUCAUAAGCAUCAUCGCCGAUCCCGUAGCCAUGAGUUGAAAUCUGAUUCGGACAGGAAAGACCAAUCAGUAAGGAGGGUAUCUGACUAUAAUCAUGAUUUAGAUAGACAAGUUGGAAAUAUAAAAGACGAUCAUCACAAUGAUCACCGUCGCAACCAUGAAGAUGGACCUGUGUUGAAUGGAUUGGCUCAUGACCUAAUUCACAAAAACAGGGAGGGACCUGUGCUGAAACAAUUACGUCCUGAUACAGGGGAAUUUGAUGGAAAUGGCUGGGAUAAAUCAUAUGACCGGAGUGGCGAGCACAAGGAUGGACACGAGCAUAAUGGGUGGCAUCCUGAUGGUGCUCCAGGGGACCAUGAUAAUGUUAACUUGGAUGGAUCAUAUAUCAGGGCUGAUGAGCACGGAGAAGAACCUAGGCUGAAUGGAUGGCAUCAUGUUCCUGUGGUGGGGAAUGUGACCGCUGAUGGUGAUGGAGUUGAGAAGGGUUCAAUCAUUUAGGUUUGAAGGCAUUGAUUCAGUGAUUUUCUUUUAACUCAAAAACUUCCAUUGUACUUUGUAACUUGCAACAUUUGAAAGCUAUUCUGUCUAUUUAAUCGUAUUCUCUGGGUUGUUGUGCA